AUGGAGGUCGCCUCAUCAGGCGUGCCAAAUGGUGCCUCGGCACCAGAGACCCCAGCUUUGGUCGAUUCCGGUGCGGUAAUUCAGUACUUGACCGAAGUGCUCCAGGUGACUCUGGGAGCCCAGAGGUCCGAGUUGGAAAGCGCUGGGAGCUUGCUUUCGGAAUCAAAAUACAAUGAAACACUGCAACGGUGUACGCGAUUCGCCUCGGAAUCGCAAGUCGCACUCUAUGUGCAAAAGGAUAUUGUGACAAUGGAGGAAACCAACGGCGAAACGGAGGACCAAGCGGUGCAAUAUGUCUACAACCUCUCCUCCGAUAUCUCGUCCGCUCCUACAACAGUGUCUUCGGUGGCUAUCAUCAAACGGCCUGCUCCAAUCGACAUGAGUCUUCCGAUAGCGUCGCAGGUCCAAGUCAUGAAUCUUCCUGGUCCCGCUUCUCUCAGCAAUACCACCGCCCAGCAGGGGAAUUCCAUGUCGCCCUACCAGAUCUUACAUCUGAUGAUACACCAUGGUCUUAGUCCUUAUUUCGAAUCCUACACUCGCAGCCAGGAGACGGCAGUCGGUACGAAAUCGAAGACGGACACGGAGGCGAAGACUGGUAUCCCGGGAACAAAGAAGAGAUUCGCAGACCUGGAGCUGGGUUUGAUGCACCUUCAGCAGAAUGUGGAGAUCCCCGCUCUGAACCUUCCUCUUCACGAAGUGGUACAGGCUGCCCUGAAGGAUGCGGAAGCGCGUGGUAUCAAACCAUCGGUCGAGUUGAUCCCGUCAACUGUACUGGAGAGCAGCGCUUUCACAAACAGCAUUCAAAAUGUUGUGAACGGUUGGAUUAGAUCCAUCCAGACGAUCACUAAGAUGUCCCGAGACCCAGAUAGCGAAUCUGCUUCUCCUGAGGUCAACUUCUGGCUGUCUCUAGAGGCUGCCCUAGAGGGAAUCGAUGCUCAGCUCCAAAGCGAGGGUGUUCGGUUGACUAUGGACAUUCUCCGCCAUGCGAAACGGUACCAGCCGACCCUCAGUUUCGUGGCGGACACUGGGCUGAAAGAGGCCACCGAAUUGGUCCAGAAGUACAACCAGCUGAUGCGAGACUUCCCUCUCGAUGAACUCCUGUCUGCGACUUCCUUGCAAAAGGUCCAGGAAUCACUGAACUUGAUUUUCACUCACCUGAAUAAGAAGUUGAAGAUUUGCCCCUACCCCAUCAAGCGGGCACUUUCACUUGUCGAAGCCAUCUCGGGGGAUCUUGAUAAGAAGAUCCAUGAGCUUAUCACUGGACGUACGAUCUUGCACCUGGAUUACCGCGAGUUCCGGUCCUUGAUGAAGACCACACAAGCGAUCUGGCGUACUUGGGACGAGAACUUGAAGGAAUUCACAAACGUUGCGCGUGAAUCGACACGGCGCCGUAACGAGAAAUUCAUUCCAAUCAAAAUCAAUGCGAGACACGACAAAACCCGCGAGCGGGUGAAGUAUGUUGACACCUUCAGGAUUAACCAUGAACAACUUCAGAAAACCAUUAUCAACGUCCUCGGACCCAACAGUUCUUCAUCUGCUGAGAAUGGAGCUGGAGUUGACGCUGACGGCGCUGUGAUCGUCGAGGAGAUUGGUGAUGUUGAUGCUGUGGAGGAAGUUGCGCACGCCUACGCUGCUCUCAAGAACGUGGACGUGUUGGAUGUUUCACCGGAGGGAUCUCUCACCUGGGAGCAGGCCGAAAUUGCCUACAGUGAACGUACUUCCCGCGUUGAGAAUUCUAUCAUUGCUCGCCUACGUGACCGCUUGGCGACCGCCAGGAAUGCCAAUGAGAUGUUCCGUGUUUUCUCGAAGUUCAACGCCCUUCUCGUUCGUCCCAAGAUUCGAGGUGCAAUUGGCGAAUAUCAAACGCAGCUUAUUGACAAUGUCAAGCGGGACAUCAGUGCUUUGCAUGAGCGCUUCAAGCAACAGUACGGUAAUUCGGAGGCUCAUGCUAUGGCCCAAUUACGGGACCUGCCACCCGUGUCGGGUGCCAUUAUCUGGACUCGCCAGAUUGAACAUCAGCUUAAUGGCUACAUGCGCAAGGUCGAAAACGUCCUCGGUGAAAACUGGCACCUACACGCGGAGGGCCAGAAGUUGCAGAAUGAGGGUAACUUGUUCCGCAAGAAGCUCGACACCCGACCUGUCUUCGAGUCAUGGCUGUGGGAUGUUCAACGACGCCAUUUUACAAUCGCUGGACGGCUGUUUAAUGUCGUGCGCAACCGGUCCGCAGGAAACGUUUUGGAGCUUGCAGUCAACUUCGAUGCUCAGAUCAUUGCUCUCUUCAAGGAGGUCCGCAAUCUUAUCUGGCUCAACUUCCAGGUUCCUCAUGCUGUCAGCAAUAUCUCCAAGGAGGCGAAGCGUGUUUACCCCUACGCUAUCAGCCUGAUGGAAAGUGUCCGUACUCUGUUGCAGACGAAUCGAGCAAUCGCGUCGAUGACCGAUGUUAAUAUGCUUCUCAACGGCUACAUGAAUGAUGUACAGAUAAUGGUUGCUAAGGGUAUUCCUCUCCGUUGGGAGUCUUUUGUCCACUCUUACGAGCUGCACGUUAAGCAGUCGGCAUUGGCAAAUGGUGCCAUUGAGGCGUCUUUGCCUGGUCGUUCUGAAAGCAAGCAUGUCCAAUUUGUCCGCGAGUUUGCCAUUUCAGCAUCUACACUUCAGACGAAAACCACCGUACUUGACACUAUCAACGAGAACAUUCAGAAGUCGAUCCAUGAACUCAAGACAUGCCCAUACGAUGCAUCAGCUUUCAAGCAGCGCUUGGACAGCAUCCAAGUUGCUGUUGAUAAGCUUAACCUAGAAAACUACGUGAACCUUGGAUACUGGGUUGCCGAACUUAAUGGGAAGAUUGAGUCAAUUCUGCGAGAUCGACUUCUUCGCGCUGUGCGUGAGUGGAUCACCACCUUCCAAGGCACCAACAAUGAAAACUCGACCACUUCUCAUCAUCAACUGGCGGCGGCCGAGACGGAUGCUUUGAAUUACAAGAUCCAGUUCCCUGAACUCUUCCACGAGAUUCUGAUGAAAAACCAAGUCCUCCACCUGGAUCCACCGUUGCAAUUCGCGCGCGCAAGCUGGUUCUCCCACUUUGAUGCAUGGCUCGGCGUAAUUUGCAAUCUAGAAAAGAUCAAACCCUCGCGUUACCAGAUCUCCAUCGUCGUGCAAAAUGUUCGCCUGUCCGAAGUCUGUUUCUCCAACCUCCCGCAAACUUGCACCGAUGAGCUCAAUGAAGUCUACAAUGUUGUCGAGUCGAGAGUGAAGGAUGUCUCCGAGUAUGUCGAUAAGUGGCUGCAGUUCCAAUCACUUUGGGAUCUUCGGUCUGAGCAGGUCUACGAGAUCCUGGGAGAUGAUCUGUCUCAAUGGCUUCAGCUUCUUCAGGAAAUCAGAAAGAGUCGGGCUACAUUCGAUACUUCUGAAGUCAGCCGCGGCUUCGGAAACAUCAGGAUUGAUUACGAGCAAGUUCAAACCAAGGUCAAUGCCAAAUACGACCAGUGGCAGCACGAGAUCCUCGUGAAGUUCGGUUCCAAGCUUGGCGGCCGCAUGAGAGAGGUUCAUUCCGAGAUUGCUGCUGCCCGCAGGGACUUGGAAGGCCAAACCCUGGAGGCCUCUUCGACGGCGCAUGCCGUGUCUUUCAUUACCAUUGUUCAGCAGUGCAAACGGAAGACUCGAGUCUGGGAGCCCGAGGUCGAUCUCUUCCGCCAAGGUCAAACCACACUCGCCCGCCAACGCUACCAGUUCCCGUAUGACUGGCUUCAUGUUGAGAAUGUUGAUGGUGAAUGGGCAGCCCUCAACGAGCUGCUCAGCCGCAAGAGCAAAAUUGUCAACGAGCAAACCGAAGGCCUGCGUGCAAAGAUUAGCGCUGAAGACCAUGUUAUUGCCGGCAAGAUUGCUGAAGUUAUUGGCCAAUGGAAUGAUGAGAAGCCGGUUUCUGGCACUAUUCCACCUGAGGAAGCAUCUCGUACCCUAAGCUCUUUCCAGUCUCGCCUCGAGGCUCUCCAGUCUGAGUUUGAGAUGGUGUCAAAGGCCAAGGAAGCUCUUGAUCUUCCCCCAAGUUCCGAGUCAUCACUGCCCCCUAUCCUUGAGGAGGUCCAGGACUUCAUGUCUGUCUGGGCUGCUCUAGCAACUAUCUGGAAUAGCCUCAAUGACCUGCGCGAUGGGCUGUGGACCAGCGUGCAACCCAGAAAACUCCGACAGUCUCUCGACAAUUUGAUCAAAAUGACCAAGGAGAUGCCCAGUCGCAUGAGACAAUAUGCUGCCUUUGAACACAUUCAGAAUGUUCUUCGACAGUUGCUGAAAGUGAACUCCCUUUUGUCAGACAUGAAAUCUGAAGCCGUCAAGGAAAGACACUGGCACAAAAUUUACAAGAGUCUUAAACCCGACAAGCGUUUCUCUCUUGUCUCUUUGACUCUUGGUGAUGUCUGGGAUCUACAACUUGCGUCAAGCGAUUCCAUCAUUCGUGGUAUCAUCGCACAGGCACAGGGUGAGAUGGCAUUAGAGGAAUUCCUGAAGUCUGUUCGCGAGACUUGGCAAAACUAUUCUCUGGACCUGGUCCACUAUCAGAACAAAUGCCGCCUGAUCAAAGGCUUUGACGAUCUUUUCGCCAAAUGCAGCGAGAAUCUGAACUCCCUCCAGGCCAUGAGACAUUCUCCGUACUACAAAGAAUUCGAAGAAGAAGCCACAGCAUGGGAAGAUAAACUGAACCGAGUCCAUGUUCUUUUCGACGUCUGGAUCGAUGUCCAGCGACAAUGGGUCUAUCUGGAAGGCGUCUUCACCGGCAACGCCGACAUCAAGCAUCUUCUUCCUUUGGAAUCGGGACGUUUCCAGAAUAUUAAUUCCGAAUUCUUUACUGUCAUGAAGAAGGUGUACAAGUCACCCUUCGUUUUGGAUAUUCUCGCAAUUGUCGAUGUCCAGAAGUCCUUGGAGAGACUGGCUGAUUUGCUCAACAAAAUCCAAAAGGCGCUUGGUGAAUACUUGGAGCGCGAACGUGUCUCGUUCCCUCGCUUCUACUUUGUUGGAGAUGAGGAUCUGUUGGAGAUUAUUGGUAACAGUAAUGACAUCUUCCGCGUCGCCAAGCAUUUCAAGAAGAUGUUUGCUGGAAUGUCAGGCCUUGUCAUGGAUGACGAUAACAACAUUGUCGCAUUCACCUCCAAGGAGGGCGAAGAAGUCCGUUUGAAGAAAGAGGUCAACCUCCUCAAGACUCCUCGGAUCAAUGACUGGCUCUCCGCGCUAGAGACAAGCAUGAAGUUAACUCUGGCAGAGCUUCUCGGCGAGGCCGUUGAACAAUUCGGAGUUCUUUACCAUAGCAGCGAUGUGGAUCCAACGGGUUUCAGUGACUUCUUAUCUAACUACCCGGCUCAGAUUGUGGUCCUCGCUAGUCAGGUCACUUGGACCAACGCAGUGCAACAUUCCUUGGAAGAAGGGGGUACAACUCUCCCCGCGUUGCACGGUUCCGAAGUUCGGAUACUUGAGUUGCUGGCUGCCACGGUGCUUGGUGAACUCGAUCCGAUCACCCGCAAGAAGUGUGAGCAUAUGAUCACGGAAUUCGUUCACCAGCGCGACUGCAUCUCCAAGCUUAUAAGUCUUAAUGCUACGACACCCACGCACUACCAUUGGCUUCUCCAGAUGCGUUAUGUCUUCAACAAUUCAGGCGAUUUCUUGGAGCGCCUGUAUGUCCACAUGGCCAACGCUAAGCUCGCCUACGGAUUCGAGUAUCUGGGUGUGCCUGAGCGUCUUGUCCGCACGCCUCUCACAGAUCGUUGUUUCCUCACCCUUACUCAGGCUCUUUGCCAGCGACUGGGUGGCUCGCCGUAUGGCCCUGCUGGUACCGGAAAGACUGAGUCAGUCAAAGCAUUGGGCCUGCAACUUGGACGUUUCACCCUUGUCUUCUGUUGUGAUGACACUUUCGAUUUCCAAGCAAUGGGUCGGAUUUUCCUCGGUAUCUGCCAGGUCGGUGCGUGGGGUUGCUUUGACGAGUUCAACCGUCUGGAAGAACGUAUUCUGUCAGCUGUCUCCCAGCAGAUUCAGAACAUCCAAAUUGGUUUGAAGACUGGCGGGGAGGGCGAGAAGUCCCAAAUUGAACUGGUCGGGAGACGGCUUGCUGUGAACUCCAACACCGGAAUUUUCAUUACCAUGAACCCUGGUUACGCUGGCCGUUCCAACUUGCCAGACAACUUGAAGAAGCUGUUCCGCAGUGUUGCCAUGUCUAAACCUGAUAAGGAACUAAUUGCGGAAGUGAUGCUUUUCUCCCAAGGUUUCAAGCAGGCCAAGCCUCUCUCCAAGCAGACAGUUCCCUUCUUCGACCACUGUGCUUCCCGACUCUCGAAACAGGCUCAUUAUGACUUUGGACUCCGUGCAUUGAAGAGUGUGCUUGUUAGCUCCGGUGGUCUUAAGCGCGCUCGUCUUGCCAACGCCGAAGGGGAGCUAGGCCCCGACGAUGUUAUCGAGCCUCAAAUUAUUGUCCAAAGUCUCCGGGAGACAAUCGCUCCUAAGCUUAUCAGAGAAGACGUGGAGAUCAUGAUGGAAAUUCAGGUGGAAGACUUCGCUGGCGUGGAUUAUGUGCCUGCCAGCUUCGAGAAACUCACCCAGGCGAUCCGUGACAUUGCUACCAAAGAGCAACAUCUCGUCGACAGUGAGAUGUGGAUCACUAAGGCACUGCAACUCUACCAAAUCCAAUGCAUCCACCACGGUGUCAUGAUGGUUGGCAACGCGUUGAGGGCAUUGAGGGGGGUCUCCCACAUCAUCGACUCCAAGGUCAUGUCUAAGGAGUCUCUCUAUGGUAACCUUGACAGCACUACCCGCGAAUGGACGGACGGUCUCUUCACUGGGAUUCUUAGAAAGAUCGUGGACAACCUGCGAGGCGAGGACAGCAAACGCCAUUGGAUUGUUUUCGAUGGAGAUGUUGACCCUGAGUGGGUUGAGAACUUGAACAGUGUUCUAGAUGACAACAAACUCCUCACUCUUCCCAACGGAGAACGUCUCAAUCUGCCUCCCAAUGUUCGCAUUAUGUUCGAAGUUGAAAGCUUGAAGUAUGCCACGCUCGCCACCGUCAGUCGUUGCGGUAUGGUGUGGUUCAAUGCCGACACUGUGACUCCAACCAUGAUGAUUUCCAACUACGUUGAAAGCCUCAGGACGAAGACAUUCGAAGACCUGGAUGAAGACAGCGCACCUGCAGGAACAGCAGCAGUCCGGACGCAGGAUGCCCAGGACACAGUUGCAACAAUUCUCAAACAGUUCCUGGAAGUCGAUGACCUGGUUCUUAAGGCUUUGGAGGAAGCCAAGAAAUACAACCAUAUCAUGGAAUUUACGGAUAUCCGUGCUCUCAACACUCUCUUCAGCUUGUUGAACAAGGCCUGCCGAAACAUCCUCGAAUACAAUGUCCAGCAUCCAGACUUCCCUCUGGACCCUGAACAGAUCGAGUCCUAUAUGUCCAAGAAGCUUCUUCUGACACUGGUCUGGUCUUUCACCGGUGAUUGCCCACUAAAUGACCGCAAGGCAUUCGGAAAAUACAUCACCGGAAUGUCUACUAUCGAUCUUCCGCCGGACGGCGAUUCAUCUCUUAUUGACUACGAUGUCAUUCUUCCCAAGUCUGACUGGACCAGCUGGCAGUCACAGGUGCCCACGAUUGAUAUAAACACACAUUCCGUCACUCAAACCGACGUCAUCAUUCCCACGGUCGAUACUGUCCGCCAUGAGGAUGUGCUAUAUUCGUGGCUUGCUGAGCAUAAGCCCUUGUUGCUUUGUGGUCCUCCUGGAUCCGGUAAGACCAUGACAUUGUUCGCCGCGCUCCGGAAGCUCCCGAACAUGGAGGUUGUCGGUCUCAAUUUCUCGAGUGCCACCACACCUGACCUCUUGAUCAAGACCUUUGAGCAGUACUGUGAGUACAAGAAGACUCUUAAUGGCGUGGUAAUGUCUCCGAACCAGAUCGGCCGCUGGCUUGUCAUUUUCUGUGACGAAAUCAACCUUCCAGCCCCUGAUCGCUAUGGCACUCAGCGCGCUAUCUCCUUCCUGCGCCAACUUGUGGAGCAGAAUGGCUUCUGGAGAACUACUGAUAAGACAUGGGUCACUCUGGAUCGCAUUCAAUUUGUUGGUGCCUGUAACCCUCCUACGGAUGCUGGUCGUACGCCGAUGGCCGAAAGAUUCCUGCGUCACGCGCCCCUAAUCAUGGUUGACUACCCCGGUGAAAUCUCUCUCAACCAGAUUUAUGGCACGUUCAACUCUGCUGUGCUUAAGAUCCUUCCGUUGCUACGUGGAUACUCCGAGGCCCUCACUAGGGCUAUGGUUCAGUUCUACCUCGAGUCCCAAUCCCGCUUCACGCCCCAAAUCCAGCCACACUACGUGUACUCGCCUCGUGAGCUCACCAGAUGGGUUCGCGGUUUGUACGAGGCCAUCAAACCACUUGAAACUCUUACUGUUGAAGGCCUGGUCCGCAUUUGGGCGCACGAAGCCCUGCGUCUAUUCCAGGACAGACUCGUGGAUGAAGACGAGAGAGCUUGGACUGCAGACGCUAUUCGCCGGAUUGCCUUGGAACAUUUCCCUACAAUCGAUGACCAAGAAGCACUCAAGGGCCCGAUCCUGUUCUCCAACUGGCUGUCUAAGAACUACGUGCCUGUCGAACAGGAGAGUCUACGUGACUUCGUGAAGGCACGUCUAAGAACCUUCUGCGAAGAAGAGGUGGAUGUUCCGCUUGUGUUGUUCAACGAUGUCCUUGAGCACGCGCUACGUAUCGAUCGAGUCUUCCGCCAGCCCCAAGGUCAUCUCAUUCUUAUCGGUGUGAGCGGAAGUGGAAAGACAACCCUAUCUCGCUUCGUCGCUUGGAUGAAUGGUCUGAAGGUCUUCCAGAUCAAGGUACACGGAAAGUACUCUUCGGAAGAUUUCGAUGAUGAUCUUCGCAGCGUUCUUCGCCGGGCAGGAUGUAAGGGCGAAAAGAUCUGUUUCAUUAUGGACGAAUCAAACGUCCUUGACUCUGGGUUCCUGGAACGCAUGAACACUUUGCUUGCAAACGCAGAAGUCCCUGGUCUCUUCGAGGGCGAUGAAUUCUCCUCCUUGAUGACUGCUUGUAAAGAGGGUGCCCAGCGUCAAGGCUUGCUCCUGGAUUCCCAGGAGGAGCUAUACAAGUGGUUCACGUCGCAAAUUGUGAAGAACCUGCACGUUGUGUUUACCAUGAACCCGCCAGAGGAGGGCCUGUCUUCGAAGGCAGCUACUAGUCCCGCAUUGUUCAACCGUUGUGUGCUGAACUGGAUGGGUGACUGGUCUGACCAAGCCCUGUUCCAGGUUGGCUCCGAGCUCACUCAAUCGGUCGACCUGGACAAGCCAAACUUCGUCUCGCCUGAUAGCAUCCCAGUGGCGUACCGCGAGUUGGCUCUCCCGGCAUCACACAGAGACACUGUUGUCAACUCCAUGGUUUAUAUUCACCACUCUUUGCAUCGCUUCAAUGGGCGGCUUCAGAAGCAACAGGGCCGGGCGACUUUCCUUACCCCUCGCCAUUAUCUCGACUUUGUUGCGCAGUACGUCAGGCUAUUCAACGAGAAACGGGAGGAUCUCGAGGAACAACAGCGCCACUUGAACAUUGGUCUCGAAAAACUCCACGACACCGUCGACAAAGUGAGCGACCUUCGAGCUAGUCUCGCAGAAAAGAAGACACAAUUGGAGAAGAAAGACACGGAAGCAAACGAGAAAUUGCAGCGUAUGGUCGCUGACCAGCAGGAGGCGGAACAGCGGAAGCACGUUUCAUUGGAAGUGCAGGCAGCGUUGGAGAUACAAGAGAAGGAAGUGGCAACUCGGAAAGAAGUUGUCCUGAACGACCUGGCCCGGGCUGAACCCGCCGUCCUGGAAGCCCAGAAGAGUGUCAGCAACAUCAAGCGUCAACACCUCACUGAAGUUCGAUCCAUGGGUAACCCUCCGGCCAGCGUCCGACUUGCGCUGGAAGCCGUAUGCACACUCCUCGGUCAUACCGUCGACAGUUGGAAAACAAUCCAAGGUCUCAUUCGUCGGGAUGAUUUUAUUGCCAGUAUCGUCAACUACGACAAUGAGCGCCAGAUGACGCGCAGGCACCGUACCAAGAUGCAGAAUGAGUUCCUCUCGAAGGAAGACUUCACAUAUGAGCGAGUCAACCGCGCUAGUAAGGCUUGUGGUCCUCUGGUGCAAUGGGUCGAAGCCCAGGUUAACUACUCUGCAAUUCUUGAUCGUGUUGGUCCUCUGCGCGAGGAGGUGGAUCAACUCGAGGAGCAGGCCCUGCAAACCAAGGCCGAAGCUCAGGCCAUCGAAAAUACCAUCAACGACCUUGAAAGCAGCAUCGCUACCUACAAGGCCGAGUACGCGGCCCUUAUCAGUGAGACGCAGGCGAUCAAGACCGAGAUGAGUCGAGUUCAGUUCAAGGUCGAUCGCAGUGUCCGUUUGCUCGAUAGUUUGUCCUCUGAGCGUGUCCGCUGGGAAGACGGGAGCAAGUCAUUCGAAACUCAGAUCAGCACCCUUGUUGGUGAUGUCCUCAUUGCAGCUGCAUUCCUUGCAUAUGCUGGUCUGUACGAUCAGCAAUUCCGUAAGGCAAUGACUGAGGACUGGCUCCACCAACUGGGGGCCUCCGGCAUUCACUUCAAGCCCCACAACCCCAUCACGGAAUACUUGUCCAAUGCUGAUGAGCGUCUAACCUGGCAGAGUCAUUCUCUUCCCGUCGAUGACCUUUGCACGGAGAACGCCAUCAUUCUCAAGAGAUUCAACAGAUACCCGCUUAUUGUUGAUCCAUCUGGUCGUAUUACAGAAUUCUUACAGAAGGAAAGCAAAGAACGCAAGCUUACUGUCACGAGCUUCUUGGACGAUUCCUUUGAUGCCGAGCACCUGGAUCCUAUUCUCAAUCACGUUCUCAACAAGGAAUACCAGAAGACUGGUGGCCGUGUCCUCAUUCAAUUGGGCAAGCAAGAAAUCGAUUUCUCGCCAUCCUUCAAGCUCUUCCUAUCGACCCGGGAUCCAUCUGCCUCGUUCCCGCCGGAUAUUUGCAGUCGUACCACCUUCGUCAACUUCACUGUUACCCAGAGCAGCUUGCAAACGCAGUCUUUGAAUGAUGUCCUGAAAUUCGAGAGGCCCGAUGUGGAUGAACGCCGCAACAAUCUCGUCAAAAUGCAAGGAGAGUUCAAGGUCCACCUUCGACAACUCGAGAAGCGUCUCUUGCAAGCUCUCAACGAGUCCCGUGGUAACAUUCUCGAUGAUGACAAUGUCAUUGAAACUCUCGAGACUCUAAAGAAGGAAGCUGCGGAUAUUUCUUUGAAGAUGGACCAGACUGAAGGCGUUAUGCUCGAGGUCGACAACGUGACGCAGAACUACAGCAUCAUUGCCCGUUCAUGCAGCGCCGUCUUUGCGGUUCUAGAACAGCUUCACCACAUCAACCACUUCUACCAGUUCUCUCUGCAGUACUUUGUCGAUAUUUUCAACUCUGUUCUCUACCAGAACAAACGCCUUGCUCAAGAGAAGGACCAUGCUGCGCGUGUCCAAAUUAUUCUUAGGGACUUGUUUAUCAACACCUAUCAACGAACCUCACUGGGUCUCGUUCAAAAGGAUCGCAUCACACUUGCCAUCCUGCUUGCUCAAGCUACUCCCUUCCCAAUGGAUAGGACCAUUCUCGACCGCGUCCUAGAUGAGACAGUAGAGGGCACGGAUCUUUCAACCGUCGUGGACGCCCGCGACCAAGUGAUGACGAAGUUGGCCAACAUGUCCCUCUUCAAAGAGCAUGUUCCAAACGUCGCGCAAGAACAGUGGGAUCGCUUCUUCGGCGAGGAGCUUGCAGAGAACUUCAUUCCGGUUAUGUGGGACGAGAGUGUCUCGCAACUCGACCAGCUCCUUCGGUCCUUGCUCCUUGUCAAGAUUUGCCGCAUGGACCGAUUUGUGCCCACCGCCGAGCGUUUCAUCGGGGCGGUGUUCGGCCGCGAGCUCUUCGAGGGCGGCGCCGAUUUAAAGGAUGUAGUUGACCAAGUCACUGCAACCAGGCCCAUCGCGCUCAGCUCCAGCCCUGGCUUCGAUGCCAGUUACAAGGUCGACGCUCUUGUCGAAGCCACACGCGCAACCUGCGCCAACAUCGCCAUGGGUUCUAACGAAGGUCUCGAAAGCGCCGACAAGGCCAUCAGCAACGCAGCCGCGGUCGGUAACUGGGUGCUGGUCAAGAACGUCCAUCUGGCGCCCGCUUGGCUACAGAGUCUUGAGAAGCGACUGGAUUCCCUCAAGCCACACAAGGAAUUCCGCCUCUUCUUGUCCAUGGAGUCUCAGCCCUAA